UGUUGGGGCCUAGAGAAGUCGCCGAGGCCUGGUCGCCUCAGCAGCCAUGGGGCCGGUGUCGCGUUCGCGGAGCCCUCUGGACUCCCCGGGGUCACGUCGGGGACGAGAAAACGGCUCGGCCAGCCCUUCUCCGUCCAGGCACAGCCGCAGCCGCCGGUCUCGCUCUCGGGAGCGCAACGGCUUCCGGCGCCCGCAUCACUUCGGUUACCGGCACGACCCGGAGCACUACGGCAAGGAGCAGGAGGAGUCGCUGCGGCAGAGAAGACUAAAUGAGAGGGAACGAAUAGGCGAACUAGGAGCACCUGAAAUCUGGGGACUCUCACCAAAGCUUCCUGAGCCAGACUCUGAUGAACAUACUCCCGCAGAAGACGAAGAUGGAUCAUCUAAAAAAAGCAGCACCUCCGAGUCCAGUUCAGAAGAGGAAGAGAAGAAAAGGAAGAAAAAGAAAAAGAAGAAAAAGGCUGCAGCACGUGAGGAGGAGAAAAAAAGAGCCAAGAAGAAGAGAAAGAAGCAUAGAAAGAAAAAGAGCAAGAAAAAGAAGAGUAAGAAGAGCAGGAAGGAUUCUAGCGACUCGAGCAGCGAAGAUUCUGACGAGGGAGCUCUACAUGGGGACGAUCUCUGGAUUGAGAGAUCAAAAAUCACGGAUGCCAUUGAUUUUAUUGGCCCAGAAGCUCCCAUCACUCACGCUUCUCAAGACGACCGCCCUUUGAACUACGGUCACGCGUUGCUGCCUGGUGAAGGUGCCGCCAUGGCCGAGUACGUCAAGGCGGGCAAGCGGAUCCCCAGGAGAGGUGAGAUCGGCCUUACCAGCGAAGAAAUCGCUUCGUUUGAGAAAUCCGGCUAUGUUAUGAGUGGCAGUAGGCAUCGGCGAAUGGAAGCAGUACGUCUGCGGAAAGAGAACCAGAUCUACAGCGCGGAUGAGAAGAGAGCCCUGGCCUCUUUCAACCAGGAAGAAAGGCGAAAGAGAGAAAACAAGAUCCUAGCCAGCUUCCGGGAAAUGGUCUACCGAAAAACUAAGGGCAAAGAUGAGAAAUGAACGACGUGUUCUCCCUACUGAUGAGCAAAUGGGUGGGGCCCUGACACUGGCUUGUGCUCCAGGAAUUUGGGGAAACAGUCCAUAGAUAUCCAGUUUAAGAAUCCUAAUUGGUCUGGUGAGGCCUUGGAACUAACUUGCAGAGUCUUUUCCAAGUCAGAUUUAACCAAAGCGGGCCAAUCAGUACCACCAUAAUGCCAAGAAGCUACUGAGAAUACUCUUGCUUCUUUGCGAUUGAGAAAGUAGCACUUUAAAAAAAAAAAAAAUCAGUUGGAGCAAAAAUUUGCAUUUAUGGGGGUUCAGUGAAAACUGUUUUCUAUCGACUUUGACAAAAAGAAAAUGUUAAGCCCUGAAUGGAACAACAAGAUCUCUUAUAGGACGAGUGUGUUUUGUGAAAAAUGGCCACAACAUACCCUGGGUCUAACUCUUUGCACCCAAAAGUCAGAAAUAGCUUUAAUGUUGACAGUUGCCUUUAUAAGCUUCCUGCCUCGAACAGACCCACAAAUAUGAGCGGAUUGUUAAAACAGAGAAAAAUUUGUUUAAAUCAUGAUCUUGUUUUCUGGCUCAAACCGUCAAACGUGGGUUGUCUCCUACAGACUCCUUGUAAAUAGGAACACAAAAUAUUCUUUUCAUUUUGAGAUUUUUUUUUUUGCAGAUUUAAUACUGUGUUAAGUCUGGCUCUCAUCGUUUUGCAAGCAAGAAUGCUUUGAAGAUCGGUAAAUAUAUUUCCUGCUCGACUAAGUGUAAAUAGUUUUUUUUUUUAGCAACAUUGAGGAGAUGAAUAUCCAUCUGAAUAAGUUUUUUAACCCUUUAGUUCCUUCAGUGGCUUUAUAGAUAAAAUAUGUGGGUUGGAAUUCAAAGUUCAUGUACCAACUGCCACGUGUUGGGAUCCCUUUUGUAAAUUUUGAGUGCACCCUAAACUUUAGAAGCAAAGCUGAAGCCACAUUUUGAAACAAGAAAGAAAGGAAAUCCCAAUGUAAAUACACCCCAGUAUCAAGGACAACUUUAUUGAAUGCAUUCUGGACAUUACUUUCUUGCACAGUUCCAGUAUGAUACACCACUUCUAAACUGUAUUUUUAAAAUUAAAAUGCCCUCCCUAAGUA